AUGGACGUUGAAGUGAAGAGCUGGGGAACAGGUGGUGGCCUACGUAGCCAGCAGUUGGUGCAAAUAGCCAUGCUAACCACUAAAGUAUUUUCUGGUUCUGCACUGUCGCUUAAUUUGAGUUGUGGGCACCGGGGGAUAAAGAGCGAGACAGAGGAGAGUGAUUGCUAUCCUGCUAGUGCAUGA